CCGGGCGUAUUCUCUGUAAAGCAGGAGGAGCAAGAGUACCUUUGCAAUCGUCCUCGCAGAGCCGCGAACCCUGUUCCGGUCACUCUUCUCGAGCCUAUCUUCGCCGAGUUCGUGGAUAAUUGUCAAAAUCAUCAAUCGAUGGUCUAUGAUAACGAGCUUGUUUGGCGACUUUCGGAAAAGAUGUCCUGCUUCUAUCCCGAUGAGCUCUCGCGGAUGAAUGUAUUCCGGCAUGUGCUCCGCCAGUGCGGUAUCAUACUCAAUUCUGACGGACAUCUUUUGUCCUCCGACGGAAUGUUUGUGCAGGUGAUACUGGAGGGUAAGAACGAGAUCGGAAGCGACGGUGCCGAACCAUUCGCGGAGGCAAUGUUGUACCACCGCAAGUUUAUGCAAGACUCGAAGGUUGAGUUAGCCAAGCUCUGGUCUGUCAUGCCAUGCAUCCAUAUCAUCGUCUUCGGGGCAUGCAUUGGCUUUGCAGGCUCUGUUUUCACAUACAAGGUCCAUCUUACGCCGACUUACACUAUCAUUCCUCUGUUUUGGCAUUCAACAGACCUCCGUAUGCAAGUGAUGGCGGCUCGUACUUUCGGGGCUCUCAAAAUCGCCGUCGAGAAAAUGACAGAUCUGUACUCCUGUCCAAUUCCGACCGAUGUCCUUAUCCUCGGGAGUUAUACCCAUUCAACCUCAAUUGGUGACACUCAGGAAUUCUCGUAUGAUGAGACUCAAAUCCUCAGGGAUCGACUUAUCUUCUUCGGGGAAACCGUCGGCGAUGCGGCUGGGAGCAAGAUAUGUAUCAAGUUCGUCAGGCACUAUUCCCCUGAGGCCCACAAAUUCUGUGCCAACAAGGGGCACGCUCCCAAACUGAUCGCCUACAAUCCUUUACCCGGCGGCUGGAAUAUGGUGAUUAUGGAUGCCCUUGAUAUUGAUCAUGAUUACCUCCCGCAACAGCCUGGCUCAUAUCGACCGCUCAGUAAGAUGGCUGUUAUGGACCGUCAGCCGCUGAAGGAGGCCAUCACCUCUCUCAUCCAGGAGUUACACAAAGACGGCUACGUUCAUGGCGACCUUCGGGAUGCCAAUUUCGUUGUGAGAAACAACCAAGACUUCAUGCUGCUCGAUUUCGAUUGGGCUGGACUGAAGCAGGAGACCCAUUAUCCUAUGCAUGUUAAUCGGAAGGAUAUUCGACGUCCUGAUGAUGCGUGGGAUGGGCAGAAGAUUACGUACGGUGGAGCAUGACUUGGAGAUGCUAAGCUACAUGUUUAAUCCUGAGCAAGAUGAUUGGGAGUCGGCUCCAAAGCGCCGCCGUAUAUCUAGUGAAGGGUCGCUGAUGAUUCAUUCAUAAUUCGUUGUAUCACCAUUCGUUGUAUCUCUACUACUUAUUUUCACGUCAUACUGCUAG